AUGAUCCUCAUACCUGACCCUAUCAUGAUCCUCAUACCUUACCCUACCAUGGUCCUCAUACCUGACCCUACCAUGGUCCUCAUACCUGACCCUACCAUGUUCCUCAUACCUGACCCUACCAUGGUCCUCAUACCUGACCCUACCAUGUUCCUCAUACCUGACCCUACCAUGGUCCUCAUACCUGACCCUACCAUGAUCCUCAUACCUGACCCUACCAUGAUCAUACCUGACCCUACCAUGUUCCUCAUACCUGACCCUACCAUGGUCCUCAUACCUGACCCUACCAUGAUCCUCAUACCUGACCCUACCAUGAUCAUACCUGACCCCACCAUGGUCCUCAUACCUGACCCUACCAUGGUCCUCAUACCUGACCCUACCAUGGUCCUCAUACCUGACCCUACCAUGACAGCUGCCGGGGAAACAACACACGGCCCUACCCACCGUUACAACUCGCAAGGCUCCCACGCCUCUGCCGGCUCGUCAGGCUUCUUCGCCUCAGCCAGCUUGUCCAGCACCCAUGCCUCGGCCGGCCCGUUAGGCUUGCCCAG